GCUGCAAUGCCUCGCACGACCACUCAUCACACCUCAUUAUUAGUGACCUUUGGUUUCCUUCUAGAAAUUCUGCUACUUCCACAUUGCAAUCAUGCCCUUUCAGCAAACAGCAGUGCCUUGCAGCAGGUCCCAGCACGAUGCCGCGAGGAUCAAGCUGCCGCACUCCUCCAGAUGAAGUGUUCCUUCAACUUCACCAGCGGCUACCAGCCGACCACCACGACAUUAUCAUCAUGGAGAGAGGGCACAGACUGCUGCCGCUGGGAGGGCGUUGGCUGUGAUAAUGUUACCGGGAGGAUCACCGCACUGGACCUCUCGGAGCGGAACCUACAACUCAGCGACCUUCACUCUUCCCUCUCCAGGCUUACCUCUCUCCAAUACCUCAACCUUGCCUUCAACAUGUUUACCAGCCCCCAGUUUCCGUUGUAUGGUUUAGAGAGCUUGACACAACUGACCUACCUCAACCUGUCACAUUUUUCUCAGGUCCCGGUGAAUAUUUCACGGCUCACCAACCUGGUCACCCUUGACCUUGGCAAUAUGGACAUGGAAUUUGAGCUCCAUCCAUCCACCAUAGUGGCCAACCAUAGCAAGCUGAAGGAGCUCCAUCUGGAUGGUGUUGCCAUAAACAGCACAAUACCAGAGUUCUUCAUGGCACUUGCCAACCACUGCCCUCUUCUUGAGAUCCUUAGCUUAGGCUGGUGUGGCCUCUCUGGUCCAAUCCACCCGUCCUUAUCAAGCAUCCACUCCCUAUCGGUGAUUGAUCUUCGUGAAAACCAUUUAACCGGUCCUCUGCCUGAUUUGUUCACUCCUUCCAAUUUCCCGUUUCUACGAGAACUUGUGCUCAGUAGUAACCUCUUCGAGCUUGGAACAUUCCCUCUUGGGAUCACUGGGCUAAAAAAUCUCAUGAUUCUCGACCUUUCGUACACGAACCUCUCUGGCGCCAUCCCUAUCUCCAUUGGGAACCUCACGUCGCUAACCGAAUUACACCUCAGUCGGAACAGCUUCUCCGGGGGGCUACCUAGGGCCCUCAGCAAUCUGACAAACUUGAUUAUACUGGACUGUGAGCAUUCUGGUUUGUCUGGAAAGAUUCCAUGGCUUACAAGCUUGACACGACUCGAAAGCGUAUCGCUCGCCAACAACAACUUCACAGGGCCGGUUCCUCUUGACGGACUCAUGUACCCAUAUCUCACAGAGCUGGAUUUAAGCAAUAAUUUACUCUCGGGGACAGUUCCAGCAUCCUUGUUCACUCAGCCAACAUUGCAGAAAUUGGACCUCCAAAUGAACCGGCUCUCUGGUGCUAUUGAGGAAUUCCAGGAUCCAUCAGCUAUGCUGAUCACUUCCGUUAAAUUGAACGACAAUCAACUGACAGGUGCAGUUCCAACUUCAUUUUCGUAUCUGACUGCUCUUCAGACUUUGCAACUUGACGACAACAAUUUCACGGGUACCUUGGAUCUAAACCCGUUCUUGAGGCUAAGGAACCUCACACAGAUAUCAGCCUCCAAUAACCAAUUGUUAUCUGCCUCCGGGGAUGGUAAUGAAGUCGAUGCUUAUAGUAAUAGUAGUCUUUCUACCCUGGACCUAGCAUACUGUAACCUAACAAGGUUGCCCCUUAUGGUUAGAUAUCUACCUGAACUAGAUGAUUUGGAUCUCUCUUCCAAUCAAAUUCAUGGGGAUAUACCUAGCUGGAUUUGGAGAAACAUGAGCUACUUGAACCUCUCUCACAACCACUUCACCACCGUGGGUCAGCCCCAACACGAUGUUAAUAUAAGGUUCUUCAUCGAUCUUAGCUUCAAUAAGCUCGGUGGCGUCGUGCCUUUCCCUUUAGGUGCGUUCGUUCUUGACUUCUCCAACAACAAAUUCUCGUCCAUCUCUCCAAGCAGUUUCCUCCAACAGUUUGAGGUCGCCCUGUCCGUCAACCUUGCGAACAAUGAACUGAGUGGGACUAUCCCCUACUCAGAAUGUCCGUGGGGCUACCGUCCACUCCAAAUACUCAACCUAUCCGGCAAUAAUCUCAGUGGGUUAGUGCCACCUUAUUUGCUCAAAGGUUGCCAUGAACUCGCUGUGUUGAACUUGAGGGGAAAUCGCCUUAACGGAACAUGGCCCGACGAUAUCGAUGAAUCAUGUAACCUGAGGCUGAUAGACUUACAUGGGAACCACAUCCAGGGGCGCCUGCCGAGAUCACUGGCUCGGUGCCAAUACUUGCUAGCUCUUGACAUUGGAGGGAACCGUUUCGUGGACUCAUUCCCUGUAUGGUUAGGUCAGCUACAGGAGCUUCAAAUACUUAUGUUGAGAUACAACAACUUUCAUGGCCCACUCAACAACCCUUCUCUUGUGCGGAACAACUCGACUGCUUGGUACUUCUCCCGUGUACAAAUUAUUGAUCUUGCAGGAAACGACUUCAGUGGCGAUCUACCACUAGAUUUCUUCAAGAGUUUCAAGUCCAUGGUUUGGGACCCGAAGGGGGUUGCAGACUAUGAUAAUACAGUUUAUGCGGAAGAUGGAAGAUCGAUUUAUCAGGUGGCGGUUGACGUGGCAAUGAAAGAACAAUACACAAGGGUGGAAAAGGUCACUGCUGACCUGGUGGUGAUUGACAUGUCGAGCAAUCGGUUCAGCGGCUUCAUCCCAAGAUCAAUCGGAAACCUCACAUUACUGCAUGUGGUAAACUUGUCACGCAAUGCCUUCAGUGGCAAGAUCCCACGCGAGCUCGGUCAGUUGGCCCGGAUGGAGUCACUGGACCUCUCAUGGAAUCAUCUCAUAGGGAAGAUUCCGCAGGAGCUGGCCACGUUGACGACCCUAGAGUGGUUCAACGUCUCCUACAAUGAUCUGAGUGGGAGGAUACCUUCAGGCAGCCAGUUUUCCACAUUCACCAGCAGCUCGUUCCAGGGCGGAAACAGAGGGUUGUAUGGAUGCCCACUUCUCGUGAAAUGUAACCUUACAUUUGUGCCUUCGCCAUCUUCGUCGCUCCCAACUCCCGUGCGAAAAGGAUCACUAUUUGAUGAUAUCGUGUUGUGGCUUUUGGUUGGUGUAGGCUUCGGAGUCGGAUUUGCGCUGACAAUUAUAUUGCAGGUUGUUUGCAGUGGUCGUCGCAAGAAAAUAGCACGCAGCUAGAUGAAGUAGUUGCCUAGUCAUUUUUAUUUAUUUUACAAUCAAGGAUGUGUGGUGCAAUUUCAUGAGUAUAUAAAUGCAUGCAAUAUGUACGAGUCUAAAGA